CCAUGGGGCGGCCGCAGUGAGCGCGGCGCCGGCGGGGCUGCGCCCUCGCCGCGGCCGGGACCCUCCAUUGUUCGGCAGCGGCGGCAGCUCCGGUCGGAGGGGCUGGCGGCCCGGAGCAGCGCCCCGCAGCGCCCCGGCCAGCCGCCGAGCCCGGGGCCCCCAUGGAGCGGCAGCCGCGCAGCCCAGUCGCCAAGCAGUAGCCGUGCAAGUGGGAUGUUUACCUGGAGGUGCCUCAUCCUUUGGGCUGUGCUGGUCACAGCCACGCUGUCAGCGGCGAGGCCGGCCCCGACCCUGCCCGAGCAAGUUCUGCCCCACGCGCAAAUCGAAGUGGAGUCCCAUUCCGCCCACCCCGGUGACCUCCUCCAGUUGCGCUGCCGCCUGAGAGAUGACGUCCAGAGCAUCAACUGGGUGCGAGACGGGGUCCAGCUGGCGGAGAACAACCGGACGCGCAUUACCGGGGAGGAGGUAGAGGUCAGGGACGCUGUGCCCGAGGACUCGGGGCUCUAUGCCUGCAUGACCAACAGCCCCUCAGGGAGCGAGACCACCUACUUCUCCGUGAACGUCUCAGACGCGCUCCCCUCUGCCGAGGAUGACGACGACGAAGACGACUCCUCCUCGGAGGAGAAGGAGGCGGAUAACACCAAGCCGAACCAGGCCGUAGCUCCCUACUGGACCUAUCCCGAGAAGAUGGAGAAGAAGCUCCAUGCCGUCCCCGCGGCCAAAACGGUGAAGUUCAAGUGUCCGUCGGGCGGGACGCCCAACCCCACGUUGCGCUGGCUGAAGAACGGCAAGGAGUUCAAGCCCGACCACCGCAUCGGGGGAUACAAGGUCCGCUACGCAACAUGGAGCAUCAUCAUGGACUCCGUGGUGCCGUCCGACAAGGGCAACUACACCUGCAUCGUGGAGAACAAGUACGGGAGCAUCAACCACACCUACCAGCUGGACGUCGUGGAGCGCUCCCCGCACCGGCCCAUCCUCCAAGCCGGCCUCCCGGCCAACAAGACGGUGGCGCUGGGCAGCAACGUGGAGUUCGUCUGCAAGGUCUACAGCGACCCGCAGCCCCACAUCCAGUGGCUGAAGCACAUCGAGGUGAACGGCAGCAAGAUCGGCCCCGACAACCUGCCCUACGUGCAGAUCCUGAAGACGGCUGGAGUUAACACAACAGACAAAGAAAUGGAAGUCCUUCACUUAAGGAAUGUCUCAUUUGAGGAUGCUGGGGAGUAUACAUGUUUGGCGGGUAAUUCUAUUGGGAUCUCCCAUCACUCUGCAUGGUUGACAGUUCUCGAAGCUAUUGAAGAUACGCCUGCCAUCAUGACUUCCCCCCUCUACCUGGAGAUCAUCAUUUACUGCACGGGCGCCUUCCUCAUCUCCUGCAUGGUUGUCACUGUCAUCAUCUACAAGAUGAAGAGCACCACCAAGAAGACCGACUUCAACAGCCAGCUGGCCGUGCACAAGCUGGCCAAGAGCAUCCCGCUGCGCAGACAGGUAACAGUCUCGGCCGACUCCAGCUCCUCCAUGAACUCGGGGGUGAUGCUGGUCCGGCCCUCGCGGCUCUCCUCCAGCGGCACCCCCAUGCUGGCCGGCGUCUCCGAGUACGAGCUGCCCGAGGACCCGCGCUGGGAGCUGCCGCGGGACAGGCUGAUCCUGGGCAAGCCCCUGGGAGAAGGCUGCUUCGGGCAGGUGGUGCUGGCGGAAGCCAUCGGCCUCGACAAGGACAAGCCCAACCGCGUGACCAAAGUGGCCGUGAAGAUGCUCAAGUCCGACGCCACGGAGAAGGACUUGUCGGACCUCAUCUCCGAGAUGGAGAUGAUGAAGAUGAUCGGCAAGCACAAGAACAUCAUCAACCUGCUGGGAGCCUGCACGCAGGACGGCCCCCUCUACGUGAUCGUGGAGUACGCGUCCAAGGGCAACCUGCGGGAGUACCUGCAAGCCCGGCGGCCGCCCGGCAUGGAGUACUGCUACAACCCCGCCCGCGUCCCCGAGGAGCAGCUCUCCUUCAAGGACCUGGUGUCCUGCGCCUACCAGGUGGCCCGGGGCAUGGAGUACCUGGCCUCCAAGAAGUGCAUCCACAGGGACCUGGCGGCCAGGAACGUCCUGGUGACCGAAGACAACGUGAUGAAGAUCGCUGACUUCGGCCUGGCCCGUGACAUCCACCACAUAGAUUACUACAAGAAGACGACUAACGGCCGCUUGCCGGUGAAGUGGAUGGCUCCGGAGGCCUUGUUCGACCGAAUCUACACUCACCAGAGCGACGUGUGGUCCUUCGGCGUGCUGCUGUGGGAGAUCUUCACGCUGGGCGGCUCGCCCUACCCCGGCGUGCCAGUCGAGGAGCUCUUCAAGCUGCUGAAGGAAGGCCACCGGAUGGACAAGCCCAGCAACUGCACCAACGAGCUGUACAUGAUGAUGCGGGAUUGCUGGCACGCGGUGCCCUCGCAGAGACCCACGUUUAAGCAGCUGGUGGAAGAUCUGGACAGGAUCGUGGCCAUGACCUCCAACCAGGAGUACCUGGAUCUCUCCAUGCCGCUGGAUCAGUACUCGCCCGGCUUCCCGGACACCCGCAGCUCCACCUGCUCCUCGGGGGAGGACUCCGUCUUCUCUCACGACCCCCUCCCGGACGAGCCUUGUCUUCCCAAGUACCCGCCCCAGCACACCAACGGCGGACUGAAACGACACUGAGGGUGCCGCCCCCGAGCGACGGACUGCGAGCUCGGGGCGCCCGCCCGCCGCGCUCCGCUCCCGCGGGGGCCGUCCCAGGACGCAGCCGGAGCAUCUCGCGUAGCCAAGACCACCUGCGCCUCACGCCGGCUUCUCCUGCCGCCUCGGCUGCGAACUCUCUGCAGCCCAACGGUUUCGUUUCUGAGGCUUUUUUUUAGAAAAAAAAAACUCUUGCAUAAAAUCUGCGCUUGAGUAUUUCCACUUGGUCAAACCCGAAUCCUCCUCUUGGGGCAGCACCGCGCUGGAGAUCCAGCCACCUUUCCCGGAGGCGGCUGCUGGGAGAAGCGGCGUCCCCGCAGGGCACGGCAAGCCGGGCUCAGGCAACCGCGGGGUUUGCGGCGUCGGCAGCUCGGCCGCCUGAGGCCAGCUCCGCGGGCGGAUCGCGGGGGCAGCGCAGCGGCGGGCGAGGCGGCGCGGGAGCCCCGCCGCUGCGGACCCCGCGGCGCGACGGGGCCUGAGGCUGGGCCCGGGAGCGCCCGAGUGCCGGUGCUCAUUCGCUUUGCUGACCAAACUCGUGGUACCUUGGAAGUGGGAGAUGCACCAUACACGUCUGCUCAGCACUGAUAAUAGAGGCAGCCAAAUACACCAGUGCUAAAAGCAGGAGUCUUGUGUACAUAGCUAAAAAUAUGUAUAAAUAUGAAUAUAUAUUUACAUGUCUUUUUAAAAGGGUUGUUACCAGAGAUAUACCAGUUUGGUAGUAAGGUACUAGUGGCUGGUAGAUAUCAGUUGCUAUAAAAAAAAAGUUCAUAUAUUUUGCUACUUUUGCUGUUUUUAUUUUUUUAAAUUAUGUUCUAAACCUAUUUCAGUUUAGGUCCCUCAAUAAGAAUUGCUGCUGCUGCUGCUUCAGUUUUAUAUGGGGUUUUAUUAAACAAUAAUAAUAAUGUGUUGAUGCCUUUCGGGAAUACGUUGUCAUUAUAUAAAUGGCCUUUCCCUUGACGUCCCUAAAUCCCCGUGCGGGCUCUGGUGCUUGGGGCCGAGGGGCCUCCAGCGAUGCCCAGAUUCGGGCACCGCCUGUGAGCUCCCGGUCACCGUACCGGCACGUGGGCUCGCGGCGGCAGGGUGCUGCGGAGCCGGCGCGCCCGCAGCGCCAGAGUCGGGACCCUGCCCUGGGGAGAGGAGAGGAGCCGCUUUCCCAGCCGCAGCCACAAGGAUUUGCUCUUUAGGGAAGAGCAGAGAGCCUUGGUGCACAUGCAGACAGGUGCAUGCAUGUGCAGGUACGUGCCUGUGCAUGCAUGUGCAGGCGUGUGCAUGCAUGUGCAGGCGUGUGCAUGCACACGCAUGCACGUGCCGGCGGGCGCAGGUCCCUGGCGCUGCCCCGUCUCUGCUCCCAGCGCAGAGCCCCCACGGUGCCCGGCCGUGCCCGCGAGUGCCUUAGGGGCGCCCGGCCUGGGGCCGCCCCGCCACGGCGGGGAGGAGGCCCGCUCCCCGGCGCCCUCGCCGCCCGCCUCUGCUUUUGCCAGACUUUGCCCGGGCGCUGUUGCCGGAGCCGUUCCUCCAGCGGCGCUGGCUGCGGCCCGGCACCCGAGCCCGCCUUUUCCUGGGAGCAGCAAGUGCGUUUAGGGGUCCCGUGGGGAUGCUCGGCGGCACGGCUGCGAGCCACGUGCUCGGCUGUGCCAGGAGGGGACCUGGCUCGCCUUGAGCCAAGGCUGCACCCCGCGUGCCCCAGCCCGCAGUGCCUCGGCCGGCAUCGCCGCCUCGGGGCAGCUGCCCGGGCCGGGCCGGGCCGGGGCCGGCGGCCGCGGAGCCGGGAGCAGCCCCCGGGGCACCGCGGCGAGCGCACCCGUCCCGCCUCGCCGCUGGCGACAAAGCUCCAGGGCCAGGACGCUAUUACUUGAAAAGUUUAUUUUGCCUUUGUAUGGAGAAAUAUUAUUUGUUGUAAACUCUUCUGUAAUGAAUCUGGAAUUCUUGUAAUUAUUAAAAGACUUUAACCACGACA